AUCAGCCAUUCAAAUUCAUACUUGCCUCCUAGAAUUAAGAAAAUAAAGGAAAUUACAGCCUUUUACUGGGUUCAAUUCAAGCUGCAUUGUUAUUACAAUUACUCAAAAGACAAACAGUCUGCUGGCAGUAACCUUAUUAAAAAUCAAAUAAUUUUAGCCUGCCUUUUGAAAGCUGCACUUGUAGAUGGGGAAGGGAUUGUAGUGUUACAUGAACCAAGACAAAGGUAUUAAAGCUGUCUCUGAGAUCUACGGUAACCUACAUUGUGUUUAAGGCUUAUAAUACAUGUACCUACCAUGAUAUAUUUGAAACAAAAGUAGAAGUGGCUGUACUUACUUGGUGCACUUGAGUAGGUGGUGGACAUGACAAAACACAUGCACUAUAAGUUGGAUCUACUAGUCUACAUACACUGAACAAAAAUAUAAAUGCAACAUGUAAAGUGUUGGUUCCAUGAGCUGAAAUAAAAGAUCCCAGAAAUGUUCAAUGUGCGCGAAAAAGUUUAUUUCUCUCAAAUUUUGUGUACAAAUUUGUUUGCGUCCCUGUUAAUGAGGAUUUCUCCUUUGCCAAGAUAAUCCAUCCACCUGACAUGUGUGGCAUGUCAAGAUCAUUACACAGGUAUAUCUUCUGCUAGGGACUGUUAAAGGCCGCUCUAAAAUGUGCGGUUUUGUCACACAACACAAUGCCACAGAUGUCUCAAGUUUUGAGGAAGCGUACAAUUGUCAUGCUGACUGCAGGAAUGUCCACCAGUGCUGUUGCCAGAGAAUUGAAUGUUAAUUUCUCUACAAUAAGCCGCCUCCAGCGUCAUCCCAGAGAACUUGGCAGUACAUCCAACCAGCCUCGCAACCGCAGACCACGUGAAUGGCGUCGUGUGGGUGAGCGGUUUGCUGAUGUCAACACUGAACAGCGUGCCCCAUGGGGGCGCUGGGGUUAUGGUAUGGGAAGGCAUAAGCUACGGACGAUGAACACGCUUGCAUUUUAUCGAUGGCAAUUUGAAUGCACAGGUACUGGUGAGACCCUGAGGCCCAUUUUCGUGUCAUUCAUCCUCAGCCAUCACCUCAUGUUUCAGCAUGACAAUGCACGGCCUCAUGUCACAAGGAUCUGUCCCGGUUCAUCCAUGGCCUGCAUACUGACCAGACAUCACCCAUUGAGCACAUUUGGGAUGCUCUGGAUCAACAUGUACUACAGCGUGUUCCUGUCAAUAUCCAGCAACUAUGCACAACCAUUGAAGAGUGGGACAACAUUACACAGGCCACAAUCAACAGUCCGAUCAACUCUUUGCGGAGAUGUGUCGCGCUGCAUGAGACAAAUGGUGGUCACACCAGAUACUGACUGCUUUUCUUAUUCACACCCCUACAUUCUUUUGGGGUCUCUGUGACCAACAGAAGCCUAUCUGUAUUCCCAGUCAUGUAAAAUCCAUAGAUUAGGGCCUAAUGUAUGUAUUUAAAUUGACUGAUUUCGUUAUGAACUGUAACUCUUAAUUUAAAUUACUGCGUUUUAUAUUUUUGUUCAGUAUACAUUGGAGUUGGAGGGCAAUUCAUUGAAACAUUUCUCUCCAGUUAGUCUAUCAAGCUGUGAAGACUAUCAAGCUCCUUCGAGCCGUUUAUACUUCUGACAUCCAGUGCAUUCAGAAGUGAUUCAGACCCCUUGACUUAUUCACAUUUUGCAACGUACAAGCCUUAUUCUGAAGUGUGUGUGGUAUAUAUAUAUAUAACACACACACACACACACUCACUCAGCAAAAAAAAGAAACGUCCCUUUUUUAGGACCCGGUCUUUCAAAGAGAAGUCGUGAAAAUCCUAAUAACUUCAGAUCUUCAUUGUAAAUGGUUUUAACACGGUUUCCCAUGCUUGUUCAAUGAACCAUAAACAAUUAAUGAACAUGCACCUGUGGAACGGUCGUUAAGAUACUAACAGCUUACAGACGGUAGGUAAUUAAGAUCACAGUUAUGUAUUCAUAGGACACUAAAGAGGCCUUUCUACUGACUCCGAUAAACACCAAAAGAAAAAUGCCCAGGGUCCCUGCUCAUCUGCGUGAAUGUGCCUGAGGCAUGCUGCAAGGAGGCAUGCAGAUGUGGCAAGGACAAUAAAUUGCAAUGUCUGUACUGUGAGACACCUAAGACGGCGCUACAGGGCGAACAGCUGAUCGUCCUCACAGUGGCAGACCACGUGUAACAAAACCUGCACAGGAUCGGUACAUCCGAACAUCACACCUGCGGGACAGGAACAGGAUGUCAAUAGCAACUGCCCGAGUUACACCAGGAACGCACAAUCCCUCCUUCAGUGCUCAGACAGUCCAGCCUCUCUCAGCCUAUUUCGGACAGAGGGCUUGUAGGCCUGUUGUAAGGCAGGUCCUCACCAGACAUCACUAGCAACAACGUUGCCUUUGGGCACAAACCCACCGUCUCUGGACCAGACAGGACUGGCAAAAAGUGCUCUUCACUAACGAGAUGCGGUUUUGUCACACCAGGGGUGAUGGUCGGAUUUGUGUUUAUCGUCAAAGGAAUGAGCGUUACACCCAGGCCUGUACUCUGGAGCGGAAUCGAUUUGGAGGUGGAGGGUCCGUCAUGGUCUGGGGCGGUGUGUCACAGCAUCAUCGGACUGAGCUUGUUGUCAUUGUAGGCAAUACUCAACACUGCGUUACAGGGAAGACAUCCUCCUCCCUCAUGUGGUACCCUUCCUGCAGGCUCAUCCUGACAUGACCCUCCAGCAUGACAAUGCCACCAGCCAUACUGCUCAUUCUGUGUGUGAUUUCCUGCAAGACAGGAAUGUCAGUGUUCUGCCAUGACCAGCGAACAGCCCGGAUCUCAAUUCCAUUCAGCAUGACUGGGACCUGUUGGAUCGGAGGGUGAGUGCUAGGACCAUUCCCCCAGAAAUGUCCGGGAACUUGCAGGUGCCUUGGUGGAAGAGUGGGAUAACCUCUCACAGCAAGAACUGGCAAAUGUGACGCAGUCCAUGAGGAGGAGAUACACUGCAGUACUUAGUAUCUGGGGUGGCCACCAGCUGCAUCAACUGUUACUUUUGAUUUUGACCCCCCUUUGUUCAGGGACACAUUAUUCAAUUCUUGUUAGUCAAAUGUAUGUGGAACUUGUUCAGUUUGUCUGUUUGUCUUAACACAUGCAAAAAAUGUUAAGUUUGAUGAAAAUAAAUGCAGUUGACAUAGAGGAUAUUUCUUUUUUUGCUGAGCUUAUAUAUAAAUAUCAUCAAUCCACACACAAUGCAAAGCAAAACCAGGUUUUAGACAUUUUUAAAUGUAUUAAGAUGUUUUUAAAUGACAUUUUUACGUAAGUAUUCAGACCCUUUACUCAAUACUUUGUUGAAUCACGUUUUGGCAGCGAUUACAGACUCGAGUCUACUUUGGAAUGACUCUACAAUCUUGGCACACCUGUAUUUGGGGAGUUUCUCCCAUUCUUCUCCGCAGAUCCUCUCGAGUGCUGUCAGGUUGGAUGGGGAGUGUUGCUGAACAGCUAUUUUCAGGUCUUUCCAGAGAUGUUUGAUCGGGUUCAAAUCCGGGCUCUGGCAGGGCCACUCAUGGACAUUGAGACUCCUGCGUUGUCUUGGCUGUGUGCUUAAGGUUGUUGUCCUGUUGGAAGGUGAUCAUUUGCCCAAUCUGAGGUCCUGGGUGCCUUGGAACAGGUUUUCAUCAAGGAUUUCUCUGUACCUUGCUACUUUCAUCUUUACCUCGAUCCUGACUAGUCUCCCAGUCCCUGCCUUCGAAAAACAUCCUCACAGCAUGAUGCUGCCACCACCAUUCUUCACCGUAGGUAUGGUGCCAGAUGUCAAGCUUGGCAUUCAUGCUAGAGGAUCUUGGUUUCUCAUGGUCUGAGAGUCUUUAGGUGCCCUUUUGGCAAACUCCAAGCGGGCUGUCAUGUGCCUUUUACUGUGGAGUGGCUUUCAUUUGGCUACUCUAUUGUUAAGGCCUGAGUGCUGCAGCGAUGGGAGAAUCUUCCAGAAGGACAGCCAUUGUUGUAGAACAUAUUAAAUCAAAUACUUCUCAGAUACAGGAGCUUGUAAAUUCAAUUAGACUUUAUUACAAAAGUAACAGAAGCCUAGCAGUUCCAUGGAAAAACUGCCUCAUUCUUAGUGCUUGGCUUUUAUACAGUUUUACCCUUGCAUAACAUGAUUCGUAAAGUGGAGUGACAAUGUUAUCUUACUUAGUUUCCGUUUUCUUAUUGGCUCAGAUAUUGGGGCAUAGAUUAUAUUAGUGGCGUGACAUCCCUUAGCUAAUGUUCCUGUCCUAUAUUGUCUAUGUAUGAUAACCCAUGUGCGUGUCCAGUAGCCUUCACAAGAUCAGACAUGGCGCAGACCAGGCACGUCUUGUUAGUCUACCUUGCCUCAUCUACACAGAUUCUGCUUACGUUCUGUUUUUUACAUGUCCAAUGGUCAAUUCGAUGUUGAUCCAGCAUUGUACACACACAUGGGCUUCAGCCUUCAUUCUGCUUACACAUGUCUAUUUAAACUUAUAUUGAUUCAUUCUUUCUAUUUCAAAGAGAACAGUAUCGGUACUGAGAAUCAUCAGAUGACUGGAAAAUCUCCUACACCAUCUCCACAGAGGAACUCUAGAGCACGGUCAGAGUGACCAUCGGGUUCUUGGUCACGUCCCUGACCAUGGCCCUUCUCCCCCGAUUGCUCAGUUUGACCAGGCGGGCCAGGUCUUGGAAGAGUCUUGGUGGUUCCAAACUUCCUCCAUUUAAGGAUGAUGGAGGUCACUGUUCUUGGGGACCUUCAAAGCUGCAAACAUUUUUUUUGGUACCCUUUCCCAGAUCUGUGCCUUGACACAAUCGUGUCUCUGAGCUCUACGGACAAUUCCUACGAACACAUGGCUUGGUUUUUGCUCUGACAUGCACUGUCGACUACGGGACCUUUUUAUAUAGACAGGUGUGUGCCUUUUCUAAAUCAUGUCCAAUUGAAUUCACCACAGGUGGACUCCAAGUUGAAGAAACAUCUAAAGGAUGAGCAAUGGAAACAGGAUGCACCGGAUCUCAAUUUUGAGUCUCAUAGAAAACGGUCUGAAUACUUAUGUAAAUGAGAGACAACUUCUUCUUAAAACAGGCACGAAGGAGGGACUCUGAGAAGCCAUCAAAAUCUCACAGCAAGUCGGAUGAGCAGCCGGAGCAGACUGAGAGGGGCAGGGAGAGACUUUCUGCAGAGAAUGGGGAGGAGCGACACCGGCGUAAAGACAAGAAGGGGCGGAGCCACUCCAGGUCACUCUCACGGGACAGACGUCAUCGCAGCAGAAGUCGGGACAAACGGAGAUCGCGGUCCCCGCGGGAGAAGAAGAAGAGGGCCAGCUCCCGGUCGGGUUCAAAGACCAAACACCGCCACAGGAGCAGGAGCAAAAGCAGGGAGUGGAAGAAGAAGACUGAUAAGGUGCGCAGAAAAGAGAAGAGUCGUAGCAGGUCUGUGAGCCCCCCGGCUUUCCGGGGCAGAAACACUGCCAUGGACGCACAGGAGGCGCUGGCCAGAAGGUUGGAAAGGGCAAAGAAACUGCAAGAGCAGAAAGAAAAGGAGAUGUUGGAGAAACAGCAGCAUCAGGAGGUACCUGCAGUUCCAGCUCCCCUGCUGUCUGACACAGUAGUAGUUGCUGCUGCAGUUGCUACCAACCCUGUCCUCAAUGUGGCAGCUCUCCUGGCCUCAGGGACCCAGGUCACGCCCCAGAUCGCCAUGGCAGCGCAGAUGGCAGCCCUACAAGCCAAAACCUUAGCAGAGACUGGCAUUGCUGUGCCCAGUUAUUACAAUCCCUCUGCUGUCAACCCCAUGAAGUUUGCAGAGCAGGAGAAGAAAAGGAAGAAGCUCUGGCAGGGAAAGAAGGAAGGGGACAAGUCACAGACAGCUGAGUUGUGGGAGAAACUGAACUUCGGAAAUAAGGACCAAAAUGUUAAAUUUCGUAAACUGAUGGGCAUCAAAGGGGAAGAGGAAGGUGAGACCUCAAAGCCACUCAACGACGAAGGCCUGAAGACCCUGCAGCAGCAGGAGGAGAUGUUCCAUAACCUGGACGUUCAGUAUGAGAUGGCCAGGUCCCAGACCCACACUCAAAGAGGCAUGGGACUAGGCUUCGGCACUUCAUUCUCACGGGGCAUGGACACCAUCUAAUGCCAAACCAUGCACUGGCUUGCCCUUGCUUUCUUUCUCAUUGGUCUCUCCACUCACAGCUAGCACUCAAGCUUGCAUGGAUGUUGUUGCAUUGGAUCUGUCAUUUUAUUUAGAAACAAUCUCGCGUCUUUUAAACAUUCUCAUGUAAAUAGAUGCUGAGUUUUCCUCAGUGUACAUCUUUUCUGAAUUAUGCAAUAGUUUAAUGACAGUCAUGCUGGCUGGAUUUAGAUUUGUUUGAGAAAUGUGAUUGCAUAUCUGUUUUUUACAAAAAAAUGUAUAUAUUUUGGAUUGUUUGAAAUGGAACAUUUUAUGUAGGUCAAGUAAAAUUAUUCUGUUUAUGUUCCUUUACCAAGAUUCUUUACAAAUUUAUCUGAAUCCUAAUCUCAAUAUGUAGUGUCAUCUUUGUUUCCUGUCUACUGAAUGGGAAUGUAAAACAGUGGAUCACAUUACUAAGAUGUCUACCAGGCACCUGAUGGUUUCAUGGAAAGAAUGAACAAUAAACUUACAUAUGUUCUUGAAAUAAAAGUACAUUUGUGUUGAAGUGA